AUGACUGCCAUACCCAUUGCCGACAUAUCAGCCUUUGUGGGCGGACAAGAUGAGCAGACGAAAAGAAAGGCCGCCAAACAGCUCGCAGAGGCCGUAAAACUGCACGGAUGUGCUGGUAUUACUGGCCAUGGCCUACCUGAGACCGACCUUCAUGAUGCGUUUUCCACCAUGCGCAAGCUAUUCGAUCUUCCUCUCGACGAAAAGAUGCGAGCGCCACACCCUGAUGGCCCAAUGCCUCAUCGAGGCUAUUUGGCUACGGCGAAGGAGAAGUCGGGAAAGCUCGGCGCUGUCUACAGUACUUCUGAGAGUGAAAAAACAUUUUACUCGAAUGCCAUCGACUGGAAGGAAACGUACGACAUUGGCCAUGAAGACAACGAGGAGCAAAAGAACAUCUGGCUUCCGGAUGAGGUCUUGCCAGGGUUUCGGCCGCACAUGGUAAACCUACAUGGUCAACUUGCCACCAUCACUCAAGCGAUCCUUGAAGGUUUGAUGUUGGGCAUGGACUUGAGCGAAGAAGAGUGCAAGACAUCGUACACACUCCUUUUCCAAGAGUCAGAGUCUGGCCUCGAAUUCCAGAAUCGAGAGAGCGGCGAGUACAUGUCGGCAUCGCCUCGAGAAGGAAUGCUGUACCUGAACAUCGGCGAGUUCAUGGAAAGAUUCUCGAAUGGCCUUUAUCCGUCUGCAAUGCAUCGAGUAGCGGUUCGUCCUGCACAGAACGGCGAGAAAACGAUUCCUUCCCGGUUUUCGAUCCCAUUCUUCACCAUGAUCAAUUCCGCAGAAUCCAUUUAUCCGAUGCCUUCGCGAGUCGAAGCGGAUGGAAAAGCCAACUUUGAGCCUGUCGCAUUUAAAGACCUGGUACAAAAGCUGUUCAAUACGCUGCUGCCGGCCGCGAAUGGUGCCUAG